AUUUCUCCCAUUUCAUACCAACCCUAUUAUUUCGUGCCCUAGCUUCUGUUGCUCUUUCUUUCGAUUGCCAUUUUCUUGAAUAAAAAUUUUCUCGAUUUAAUAUAUAUAUUUUUUGUGAAUUUUCUAAGUCGUUUUUUUCCUCUCAUUUCUGUGUUUUUCUCUGAUAAUUGUUUUUGUGUUGUGAUGGAACUAGGGUUUUGUAUGUCCACACCUUAAUUCCUCGUAAAGUGUGGGAUUCUUUAAUCAUCCGCUCCGGUGCUGCAAAACCUAUAACGCCACUGAAAUACUUUGUGAAAGGUAAUUUGGUGGCAUACAAGAUGUCAUCACCGUAUGUUACCCUUGGCAAUCGAUCACUUGAUCAGUGGAAGGUGACUGAGUUAAAGGAAGAACUUAAGAAACGUAAAUUGACUACUAAGGGGCUGAAAGAAGAUCUAGUGAAGCGUCUUGAUGAAGCAGUUCGCAAUGAACGGGAAGCUGUUGCAGAGAAUGCAGAUAAUGAUUCCACUCCAUCUAAACAGGGAACAGCAGAAUCUGUUGUUUCUGAAAAUGCUAAGAACUCUAUGGAUACAGGGAUUGGCAUGGUUGAAAAGGUAGACGCAAAGCCUGAGCAUGAGAUUGAUGAUCACAGAGGGUCAUUGUUUGAAUGCAAAGUCGUGGAGUCAGACUUAGAACAGGGAAUCAAGGCUGCUGGGCUGGAAGAGGAAAAGGUUGCUCAAAUUGCCACAGUGGAAACUACCGUCACUAUCACUGAGACAGUUGAGUCUGUGACAGCUUUGAGUGGAUCAAAUUUACACAGUGAAGGAACAAAUGAGGAUGGAGAUGCUGCAGUUAUUGACAAAGAUGGAUUGCCACAACCGCAGGAGGAUGCUAAGAUUGAACCGUCUGAUCCCCAUACUCAAUUGCCUCAGGUCAAUGAGAGCAGCACUCCUGUGGCACCUUCUAGUGGGCCAAACUUUCAUAGCACUGAAACUCAGGGUGAUACCACAGUUCAGAUGGAAAAUGACGAUGCCAAGUGUCUUCAACCAGAUUCCAGUGUCCAGACAUUGAAGUAUCAGGUACCUGAGGUUGACCCUAAUUUAGGGUUUCAAGUAACAUCUGAUUCUGUUUCUACUGAAUCUGUCUCCAUUAUUGAAAAAAAUGAACUAAAAGUAGAUGUAAUUACUGAUAAUGUCCAAUUAGAACUGGAUGUUAAGCAUGAGAUGGUGCAGCCGUCAGCCAGCACUACUGUCCCUGAUGGUGGUGAAUCACAUCCGAUGGAUGUUGAAGAGCCACUAGACAAAAAAGAUACACUCGACCCAAAAAAUCUUGAAGACCAACUUGUCAAAAAAGAUGCUGACGAUCCCCUUGACCAUAAAAAUGUUGACGACCCACUUAUCAAGAAAGAUGUUGAUGUUCCACUUGACAAAAAAGAUGUUGAUGAUCCACUUGACAAAAAAGAUGUUGAAGAUGCAAUUGAUGAAAAAGAUGCUGAAGAGCAAUCUGGCCAAAAGGUUCCUAUGGAAGUUUCAGAUGGCAGCAAUACAGGAAAUUUUGAUAGUCUUAAGAAAAUGGAUAGUGGAGAUUUGGAUCCUCCCGAGAAGCUAAGUUUAGACCGGAGUUCUGGUGAUGAUUCCAUGGAGGAGGAUAUAUUGGAGAGUAAAGAGUACAAGUCUGAUUCUAAGAAAAUCAGUGACAACUUGGAGAGACCUGGGGAUGCUAUUGCAAAAGAAGAGGAACAUGUUGAUGUAGUUGGUCAUGAUAUACCAGUUGGAACAAAGGUUACUAAUGCUGAAAAUGAGAGUGCUUCUGCACUGACAUCAGUAAAAAGGAAGUUGAAUGAUAAAGAAGCAGUUGGCAAUACUGACACCGUGAAGAAGGCGCGCAGGUGGAACACAGAAGGCUUAAAGGCUUCUGAGCCAAAAAGUGGUGAUGCAGCGGCUUCCAUCACACCUAGAGGUUUAGCUGAGCCUGCUUUAAAGCGCUUAUCAGGAAACGAUCCUGCAAUUAAUGUAGAAGCACCCAAGGAGCGUCUUGUUCCGCCAUCAUCAAGGCCCCCCACUAAUUCUCUUAGAAUUGAUCGUUUCUUGCGCCCUUUUACUUUGAAAGCUGUCCAAGAACUUCUUGGGAAAACGGGCAAUGUUACCAGUUUCUGGAUGGAUCAUAUCAAAACCCACUGCUAUGUCUCCUAUUCGUCUGUUGAAGAAGCUGUAGAAACCCGUAAUGCGGUAUACAAUCUCCAGUGGCCUCUAAAUGGGGGGCGUUUAUUGGUUGCAGAGUUUGUUGACCCUCAAGAAGUUAAAACACGAGUUGAGGCUCCUCCUGCAUCACCAGCAACUCCUUCAAGUAAUGCGGCUCCUUCUUUCCCUGCCGCCCAGCCUCAACCCUCUAUGCAACCUCAACCUUCUCCAAGGCAGCAAGUGCCGAGGCAGCAGCUUCCACCGCCUUCUCUUCCUCCCCCCUCACUGUCUAAUCCACCCCCCGCCAGGGAACGCCCGCAUCCAGCAAAGGAACCUCUGCCUCGGGAACAGCAUCUCCCAGCAAGGGAACGACUUAACCUGCCACCGCCACCCCCACUUCCUGAGAAGGUUGACCCUCCAAUCGUCACUCUGGACGAUCUCUUCCGGAAAACCAAAGCCACUCCGCGCAUCUACUACUUGCCAUUGUCUGAUGAACAAGUUGCUGCAAAGCUCAAGGCGCAGGGGAAGAAUGUGAAUCAGUCUGCAGGUGUCGCAUGUAGGAUGUUCCAGUUAAGAGGUGCUGCUGGUGCUGGUUCAGUGAUGGAUUCAUGUUAUUUCAUGGAUUGCGUUAGGGUGAGGCUGAGAUUAUUAAGUCUUGAGUACGUCUCCUUUGAGUUUUGUACUUUUGGACUAAAACUCUAUAUUGCUAGACCGGAUUGGGUAUCCCAAUUUUCGCAGCCCCAGACGACAGCCUUUUAUAUUUUGAUGGAUGAGAGACUGUGUUUUAAAAGUUGCAUUAACUUCAGAUUGGAGAACUGUGGUUGGUGUUUGGUUGUAUGUCUUACUAUUGGUACUUAAAUUUCCAGUCUGUUGAUUGCAUCCCCAUGCUAGUA